CCUCCCUCUCUCCUCUGGAGGGGGUCCCCCAGGCCCUCCGUGGUACAAUGGAAGCCUUGGGGGUUCUCAACAUUGAAGUGAGUGGCUCCAUGGUGACGGUGGCUCUGUUGGUGGUGCUCCUGGGCCUCCUGAAAUGGUACUCCAUGUCUGCGUUUUCCAGCCUGGAGAAGGUGGGCAUCAGACACCCCAAGCCUUCUCCUUUCAUUGGAAACUUGACGUUUUUCCGCCAGGGUUUCUGGGAAAGCCACCUGGAGCUCAAGAGACUCUACGGCCCCCUGUGCGGGUACUAUCUUGGUCGCCGGAUGUAUAUUGUUAUCUCUGAGCCAGACAUGAUCAAGCAGGUGUUGGUUGAGAACUUCAGUAACUUCACCAACAGAAUGGCAUCAGGCUUGGAAUCCAAGCCAGUGGCUGACAGCAUCCUGUUUUUACGAGACAAGAGAUGGGAAGAGGUCAGAAGUGUCCUGACUUCCGCCUUCAGUCCUGAGAAGCUGAAUGAGAUGAUUCCCCUAAUCAGCCAAGCCUGCGACCUGCUCCUGGCUCAUUUAAAGCACUACGCGGAAUCUGGGGACGCUUUCGACAUCCAGAGGUGCUACUGCUUCUACACCACCGACGUGGUGGCCAGCGUGGCCUUCGGCACCCAGGUGGACUCCCGGAAGUCUCCCGACCACCCCUUUGUAAAGCACUGCCAGCGUUUCUUCACAGUCUCCAUCCCCAGGCCCAUCCAGGUCUUGAUCUUAUCAUUUCCAUCCAUAAUGGUCCCACUGGCCCGGAUUUUGCCCAAUAAGAACCGAGAUGAACUGAAUGGCUUUUUUAACAAACUCAUUAGGAAUGUGAUUGCCUUGCGGGACCAGCAAGCUGCAGAAGAGAGGCGGAGAGACUUCCUCCAAAUGGUGCUUGAUGCCCGACAUUCUGCCGCCUCCCUGGGCCUGGAGAGCUUUGACAUCGUCAGACAAGUCUUCUCCCCUGAGUGCGCGGCCACUCCUUCCCGGCAAGGCCAGCCCCGACUCCUGUCCCAGACCUUGACCGUGGAUGAGGUGGUGGGCCAGGCCUUCAUCUUCCUCAUCGCUGGCUAUGAGAUCAUCACUAACACGCUCUCUUUCGCCACCUACCUGCUGGCCACCCACCCUGAGUGCCAAGAGAAGCUUCUGCGUGAGGUGGACCGCUUCAACCAGAAACACCCGGCCCCGGAGUACUGCAGCCUCCAGGAAGACCUGCCCUACCUGGACAUGGUGAUUGCAGAGACCCUGAGGAUGUACCCACCGGCUUUCAGGUUCACACGGGAGGCGGCACAGGACUGUGAGGUGCUGGGGCAGCGCAUCCCCGCAGGCGCUGUGGUGGAGACAGCGGUGGGCGCACUGCACCACGACCCCGAGCACUGGCCCAGGCCCGAGGUCUUUGAUCCUGAGAGGUUCACAGCCGAGGCCCAGCAGCGCCGAAGGCCCUUCACCUACCUGCCAUUCGGGGCGGGUCCCCGGAGCUGCCUUGGGGUGCGGCUGGGGCUGUUGGAGGUCAAGCUGACACUGCUCCACGUCCUGCGCAAGUUCUACUUUGAAGCCUGCUCUGAGACUCAGGUACCGCUGCAGCUAGAAUCCAAAUCUGCCCUAGGUCCAAAAAAUGGCGUCUACAUCAAGAUUGUCCCCCGCUGACACAGUGUUGCCAGGGCACCCCCAAAUUCAAAGAGAACACUUACGUGGAAAUUCGGGACUUUAGAAAAAAGCAUCACAGAAGCAAUUGAAAGGGUGCAUGGCCCCUUUCAAUGUAGCGUUUCCUAAAUACUUCACAAACAUUUGCUGCACCUAGCCGGGCCUCCUCCAUGGUGUCUGGACUACUGAACAGCUCCAGGGAGGACUUGUCGACUCAAAUAUCAAAUGCUUUGACAAAGAGCCCGAGAACUUGUUUUGAAAGACACCCAGCCGCAGGAUGGGAGGCACCACGCACAGGCAGCUUCUGGUGCGUCUGAAAGUGAAGAUCCCCAGCUACUCAGCCUCA